AUGAAAGCGAUAAUCGGAUUGUUAGCCCUCGUGGCAGCAGAAAUCACCAGCGAAGGAGGAGUUCUUGUUGGAACUAAAGAAAACUUUGACGAAAUUCUUGAAAACAACGCUUUCGUCCUUGUUGAGUUCUAUGCUCCGUGGUGUGGUCACUGUAAACAACUCGCUCCCGAAUACGAAUCUGCUGCUGGUAAACUCGCCGAAUCCAAUCCUGAAAUCAAGCUUGUCAAAGUUGAUGCUACUGAAGAAGGCGACCUCGCCGGAGAAUUUGACGUUGGAGGAUACCCAACUUUGAAAUUCUUCAAAAACGGCAACCGAGACAAUGGAAUCGAGUACGGUGGUGGACGACAAGCCGACGAAAUUGUUUCUUGGCUAAUUAAGAAAUCGGGACCUCCGGCAAUUGAGAUCAGCGGCGCUGAUGCAGCCAAAGCAGCUGUGGACGACAACGAUGUUAUUGUCUUGAUUAACGGAAAGACUGAUGAAUUCAUCGCCGCCGCCGACUCCAUCGAUGAUGUCGUCUUUGGCGUCCUCGACGAAGCCGCCGCCGCCGAGCUCAAAGUCGAUGCCGGCAAAAUCGCCCUUUUCAAGAAGUUCGACGACAACCGAGUCGACUACUCUGGCGCCAACGACGCCGACGAAAUCACCGCCUUUGUCAAUUCCGAGUCUCUUCCUCUCGUCAACGAAUUCAACGACGAAACUGCUCCAAAGAUCUUCGGCGGCGAUAUUACUCAGCAUGUUCUUCUCUUUGCCGCCAAAUCUGCUGAAGGAUACGAUGAUAACUACGCUGCCAUGGCCGCUGCUGCCAAGGACUUCAAGGGCAAAACUCUCUUUGUCGUUGUUGAUUGCGACGUUGAAGACAACGGUCGUGUUCUCGAAUUCUUCGGCCUCACUCAAGAAAACUGCCCAGCCGUCCGUCUCAUCCAAAUGGGCGACUCCAUGGCCAAAUUCAAGCCACCAAGCGAGGAGAUCUCCGCAACCUCUUUGGCCGGAUUCGUCAACGGUGUUGAAAGCGGUGAAAUUACUCGACAUUUGAUGUCCGAAGAUGUUCCCGAGUCUAACGAUGGACCAGUUUUCGUCAUUGUCGGCAAGAACUUUGAAGAGACCGUCCGAGAUCCAGCCAAACACGUCCUCGUUGAAUUCUACGCCCCAUGGUGCGGACACUGCAAAGCGCUCGAGCCAACUUACGAGAAGCUUGGAAAGCACUUUGCUGAUAGAGACGACGUUGUUAUCGCCAAGACCGACGCUACCGCCAACGAAUUCGAAGGUGUCGAUGUCCAGGGUUUCCCAACGAUCAAGUUCUUCCCCAAGGGAGAGGAUUCUGAUGUCAUUGAAUACGAAGGCGAUCGAUCUCUCGAAGCUCUCAUCACUUUUGUUGAGUCCGACGGUACCGAGGGCAAUGAUGGAGCAGGAGACGAUUAUGAUGAUGAAGACUACGAGGACUACGACGACGAAGACGAGGAUUAUGAAGAUUACGAUGACGAAGAAGGUCACGAUGAGCUCUAG